AUGGAACAGCAAAACUCGGUACGUGGUGACGACGACACAGCUACCAGGCGCAAGUCGUUGGGUCGCCUUAGAGACAUGUCCGUCGCAUGGGACAUAGACCCGCAAGCGAACAAGUACACCCGCAACGACGACACGGAACCGAGUUGUCCGAGUGGCCGAACCAUGAACCAGGUACCGACACCGGUAGACGGUCUGGUAGAUGUGGAACUUACCAGGAAACCGCCGAAUAUGUCCGCCAUGGAAAUGGAGAGCAUCAAGGAACGAGAGAGGGCGUCGAUGUUGAGGAAGUGUGCUCAACAUCUGGAACUGGAGAGCGUGAACGGAAAGUACAGCAGAGAAAACUUUAAGCGCGGAAUACUCAACAAGGUAAGUCCAUUUUUUUCAAAAAAAAAAAUCUUUACAAAGCACGCGAAGCUGUCGAAUCCUGCAGAUGGUUCUAACUUGAGUUAG